AUGCGUCUAGGCUCCCUCCUGUCAGUCGCUGUAUCGGCGCUUCUUGUAAGUCGCGAGUGUGAUGCGACGUCACCAGCUACCAAGGUAUUGAGGACCCAGAACUUGAUCGACAACGACAUCGACAACGACAUCGACAUCGACAUCGACAACGAUAGGAGGGGCCGCGAUACCACGAGUAUCGACGAUGAAGAGCGGUGGAUAGGCUUGAAGAGCCUACUUGAAUUAACGAAGCUUAAAAAGGCUCCCACAAACUUGGAGAAGGUUCCCCAGACCCCCAUCGUCACCGAGAAGAUCCGAGCGGACUUCUCCAAGAAAUACGUGCAGGCGAUGCUGCAAGACGAAACGUUCAUGAGGAAGAUGUUCAAGAAGUGGGACGUGUACACUGAGAAGGAGAUCUUGCCAAAAAUGAAGAAGCUCAGUGACCCAGCCUUGGCGUUGACAUAUUUGAAUAGGCGCAGUAAAGGUGUCGCGGCUGGCACCAUCGUGACAGGCAAAGCGAACAUCAACACUAACAUCCUGCCUGCGUAG